AUUAUAAGAAAUCGAACAAUUCCUCCCCCCCAUCAACUUUCAUCUUGCUCUCCUUCUCCUGAAUUCAUGAUUUCGAUUUCUCGAUUUGAGAUCUCCAGCUAUCGUUAAGCUUAUUACUCAGGAUUGGCUUCCGAUUGAGACCUGAUUGGUGUUACUGCACGCCGAGGGCUUUUCGCUUGUCAGGACGAUCCCCUAAAGCACUAAAAGCGCCCCAACACUCACUGGCAGCUCCCUUCUGACGUCGCAUACUGUCGAUCAACAAUUCUCUCGCUGAGAAAAAUUGGUGACGGCACACAGUAGGAGAGGGAAAAUAUAUCCGACUUAGCAUUGAUCAGGAUGAACAUUAGUCUGAACAUGGCUUUAACAAUGGCUGGCACCCCUCCAAAAACCCCCACCAGAACUUCCUCGCUUGCUUCAACUGGCAAAGCUAUCUCAAGACCAGCUUCGACAAACUCGAAUUUCACGUUGUACAAGGGCUUCUCGGAAAGACCUUUGGGGUGGAAACACAGACGGUCAUCAAAGCUUCCUACUCUAGGGUCGACAGCUAGCGAUAUGAGUGUAAGAAGAUGGGAUGGAGCUGCGCGCAGCUCAACAGAAUGGGAUGGUCUGAGAAGAGAUCCCGAAUUAUGGUUUCCAAAUGGAAAUUGUCUGGUUCACUUAUAUGAACGAGGACAGUCAAGGAGAGGUCCUGCUUUCAAACUACCAAUGGAUGCGUUGAUUGCAACAAACUGCUACCCAUUAAUCAAGAGGUUCUUGGUUGAGGAUCCGGCCGAGUCUCCUGUUUCCCAAUCCAGCUCCGAGGAUGGAUAUUUCUACGACAAGAAGAAAACAUAUGAGCUCUACAUACCAGCGCCACUAAACGCAGAGCGAGGCGAAGCAUUUCUUUACCAUACCGCAACACGAAAUCUUUUGGCGUGGGUCUUCGGAAAGUCACUGGUUGGCAACCAUCUUGGGGGCGCUUUGGUGGGUCUCCUAAACAGUAUGGUGGAGUUUAGGUCGCUGGGCGAGGACAACAUUGAGGCGAUUAUGGAUUAUAUGGAUGAGGAGGGAUAUGCGGAUAUGAGGAACAGCCCCGAUCACGCUCUCGCUAUUCUAUUCUUCGCGGAGCAUUUCCAUUUCAAGGACCUGUGGAUCGAUGCUUUUGCUCACUGCUCUGGCAUGAAUGAAAGAUUGCCUGCUAGUGCUGGAUUUGAUUUCAUGAGCAGAACAUCACGCGCGCUCGUGACUCGAUCUCGAUUCGAAAUGAACAUGCGACUCGAUUCUUGCGGCAGAAGGCUCAGUGCCUUCCUCUCGGAUGACCUGUCUGAUGCGCAUCUCGGUCUUUCCAGCGGUGCACGAUCUCACCUCGACAAGUUCCGCUCCUUUCUCCAGUCAUAUUAUGUUGCUAAGCUUGGGUACUAUCCUCCAGCUUCUGCCGAAGCUGGCUCGGCAGCUUUCCCGAAGCCUAUCUACAGCCAGAUGUGUACCGAGUUCCAGAAACUUUACGACUUUCUGGUGGAUCCUAGUUGCACAGCUGAGGAUACCAGCCCUCCCAUCUCACAACAAGGCGGUAUUUGCGUUUGGCAAAACGUGCAAGCUUUUGAUCUACGACACAAAUAUCUUCCAUUGAUGCAUCCACUUCCUCUCCUGCCAGAGGUAGAGGAGGCAGCUUCUCCGAGGUCUGCUUUGAACAGGCGAUUUAGCUUCGCACCAAAAGCGGACAAGAUGAAGCCUGAUCCUCGUUUAGUUACUUUCUCGUCACUGUCUAAGGCGACGAAUCGCAGCAACCAGUCACUUCUAGAGUGCUCGCUUGUUAGAGCUUACCGAGGCUUCGAGAAGGACUGUAUUUUCUCGCCCAGCAAAGCAGAUAAGCACGACAAGCUCUCAUUCACCGAUGCCAGAAAAGUCCGUUGGAUCUUGGUAUAUGCCAUCUUGCAGACACUCCUCUCAGCAACCAGAGUGCCAGAGCAAGUCCGAGAUACCCAGAAUGUCCCAUAUAGCCUCAGUGUCAUUGUGGCCGGAUGUCCACCAUGGAAGGGAGAGCGGCCAUACGAAACGUUGAUCCGCACGCAAACAGAUCAAACGAAGGAAGACUUUAAAUUUGCCCAAGAGAAGCCAAUUGCACAAACCGCCCCCGUCACGCCCCUUGAGAUCAAGCCAGAUAUCGACUAUUUCGCGCAACACCACAAGGCAGAUCAUGUUCGCAAGGGCAGUGAUGGAUCCAUCAGCACCGGCGGAACAAACAGCUCGAAGAAGAGCUCAGUCAGAAGAGCGCUCAGCACACUCGGCAACAUGCCUGAACUCCGCCAUCCUCGACCUCAACGAGCCUCGUACCAUGAGAUCCUUGUCCACGGCUACGGUAACGGCACGAACGAAGUCAGCAUCACCGCCGAACCAAUAUCUGCAGACGAUAAUUCGUCUCGCCGAAAGAACUCCUCGGAUUCAGGCACGUCUUCUGUUGAGGACCUUUCAUCGAGAUGGUCGAACACAGAUGCUGCUGACAGUCCUACAACUUCUUUGUCGUCGAGUCGACGAGGAUCAGAUGCUUCCGUCAAGGAUUUCCUUGAAAGUUACAACAGGCCGAUGACUGCACCAGCUCAUCUCAGGAUGGGGAGUAUAUCCAGCACUGCCUACUCUGCAAGCGUGUAUGAAGACUCCACUCCCGACGCUCUCUCAAUGGAGAAGCUUCAAGACGAAGUCAUGCGCGUCACCAAAGAGAUAAAAGUCGAAUGGGAAGAGAAAAGUGGAGGACCAGCCAACGAUGAAUUGUUGGCGUAUUUGAAAGCUUGAACGAUAAAAUUGGAGGAACACAGAACAAAUCGAACAUUUCUUUUGUUGGAAUAGGAUGGAUGGAGUUUAAGCGGAUUUUUUUUUUUUCGAAAACUGGAGCAAACUACUUUGCGGAUACCCUACGCUCCCUUAUAUUUUUAUUGGACUACCUACCCUGGAUGGGUUUCAGAUUGGAUUAGUGGCUGGCGGAAUAUUGUAUAAUCUCUAAAGCUUAAUGUAUUAGUAUAAGGAUAGUUUCAGAAUGGAGAAUGAUCUUCA